AUGACUUCUCAAGCUUUGGCUUCUCUUACUGCAACAUAUACAGAUUCAGAAGGUGAAGAAGAUAUGGAAGAUGGACAACAGACACCAGAGAAAGACGAGCCUAGUAAUACAUCACAAUCGUUGCCUGCUAGCCCGAAGAUCAUGGAAGAAAUAAAGCAAUCUGCAUCGGUACCAGUUUCUCCUAAACGACAACUAGUUUCGUAUGUCGAUGACACAAUUGUUUCAGAUGAGGAGCUCCUUUCACCGAAUGCUGAAAAUCAAGAUGAUAUGCGAAGAUUAUCGAUGGAAACCGACACUGACGAAGCAGUUCCGAGAUCUGAUCAUGAUGACUCAGAAGAUGGAAUAUUAAUACCUCCAGAACCAGCUGGCAAAUGCCCAAAAGAAUUACAAGAUUCAAUAGCAAAAUUCUAUAGCCGCAUGAUGACAGAAGGAUAUGAUAUGAACAAGAUAAUUCAAGACAAAAAGAACUUUAGAAAUCCUAGCAUUUAUGAGAAAUUGAUUCAAUUUUGUGACAUAAACGAGUUAGACACAAAUUAUCCCCCAGAAAUAUAUGAUCCACUGAAAUGGGGCAAAGAGUCAUAUUAUGAUGAACUAGCAAGAGUUCAAAAGUUGGAAAUGGAAAAGAGAGAGAAAGAAAAAAAAGAUAAAUUAUCCAAAAUUGAUUUUAUUUCAGGAGUAGCAAAGAAAUCUGAUAGUGAUGAUGAUAAAAAGCGAAAAUCAAAAUGGGAUCAAGCAGCCCCUAAUGUAGCAUCUAAACCAAGCAUUAAACAACCAGGUCUUCUUCAACAACCCCUCACCAGUAAUGUGACAGGAACUAAAGGCACAGUCAUUUCAGCAUUUGGUUCCAUAGCCAAAAAACCUAAAAUA